AGAAAAUUGCCUGUUUCCAUGAAAUGUCAUAUUAUGUCUUGAUUGCACUCUUCCUUGUUGGCAACAUUUUCACAAUUGAGAUAAAUGAGACAGUUCCAGAAGAGCUUCAGCUUAUUUUUGUGCAUACAGUUUGGAGACACGGUGACCGAAGCCAAGACGGUCAUCUGAAUAAUGAUCCGGUAGAUCCCUCGAAAUGGAAUAAGGGAGGUGGUGGAUAUGGACAGUUGACUCCGGAAGGCAUGGAACAACAGUUCAUUUUAGGUCAGAAGCUUCGUGAUAAAUAUGUAAAAACGGGUUUUUUGCAAAAUUUCUAUGAUUCUCAACAGAUUUUCAUACGCUCCACUGAUGUAAACCGUACAAUCAAUUCUGCUAUCUCGAACAUGCUGGGCAUGUUCUCCAGUUCCGUAUCCCGACCAGGUAUCGACUAUCCUGAUAUAGAAGGAUGGCCACGUGGUUUUAUGCCUGUACCAAUUCAUAGUGCUGGGCCGGCUGGUCAAGAUUGUGUUGCUAGUGCAUUUUGUAUUUGUAGGCGCAGAGAUGAACUUCUGAAAAUAGCACACGAGGGAGAACAGUUUCAGAGUUAUGUACAAUCUGAAAAGUAUGUGAACACAACUUUAUUAUUGUCUGAACUAUUUAAUCAAACAUUUACAUGGGAUAACAUGUGGCAAGUUCAUGAUGCUGUUAUGAUUCAAAAAAUUCACUUUCCAGAAUCUGUACUAAAUCAAACAUGGUAUUCUGAUGAAUUCUUUGAGAAUCUUGACGAUUUAGAAAGACCUUCAAAAGCAUUCGUUACGGGACUUUAUGAUCCGCCAAUUGUUCAAGGCAUCAAUGUACGAAGAGAAAUCUUAAAAACACGGGGUGGCCCAAUGAUAAACGAUAUAUCUGCAAGAAUGAGAACGAAAGCAACUUGUGCUAAAAAUGAAGCCAAAUGUGACAAUUAUCACAAAAAUCUGAAAUACUACGCUUACUCUACACAUGAUCACACAGUAUUCGCUCUCCUCGCUGUGUUAGGAAUUGAGGAUAUUGUUGCAGGACCUGAGAAAUAUGGCGAGUGGCCUGACUAUGCUUCAGAUAUCGCGAUCGAACUGUUCCAUAAUAAAACGGACGAGAAGCCCUAUUUCAGAGUGCUGUAUCAGAAAAAUGUUCAUUCAACUUUCGAAACUGUCACGUCGAGAAUCAAGGGAUGCCGAGGAGAACAGUUCUGCGACAUGCGAACAUUCGAAAACAAAGCAAAGGAAUCCCGGCCAGACCGACCCAUCCACGAGUUCUGCGAAAUACCACCAGGGGAGGAUAACAGAGUUACAACCUGGAUAAGAAAAUUUUUGCAUCAAAAUUCCGAUUUCGAAUCAUCUUCACCACUCAUUCCCUACUGGUACUCGAUAAUAAUCAUAUUGCUGUUUUUCUAAUGAAGCCUGAUUUGAAA